UCCUCCGCCUGCAGCCAGAUAACAGUCCCAACAGUUAGAUCAAGUACCAGCUAGUCCACCACCGCAACCUGAUGGGCACAUCUUCUCCACAGCCCUGAAAUACUUUCUUUAGUGUGUUUCGGGUAGUCAGCGGACUCAAGUUUGGGCAGAAAGUUACAGUAGAUAUUUGGUAGUAUGUAAAUUAGUUCUUUUGAGAUACUGUCGAAAAAGAGGAAGGCUGUAGGGGAGAGAAAGGGGGGACGCAGCCGUCUCACUUCCAGCGCGCAGCGGCGGCAAAAGGCACCAUGAGCGUCCCGCUUUACGCACCGACUCCCAUCCAGCCGACUCACCCGACACCCUUCUAUAUCGAGGACAUUCUGGGGAGGACUGCCACCACCUCCUCCACCUCCUCUCCCUCUUCUUCUUUCUCCUCCGCCUCCUCCUCCUGCUCCGCUCCGGUCAUCCCCACACCGACUCUCCCGUCGCCCAACUCCUCCUUUACAAGUCUCAUCUCGCCGUACCGGACGCCGAUUUAUGAACCCACACCGAUCCACCCGGCGCUGUCUCACCACGCCGCUGCGGCGCUGACGGCGACGUACGCCUCCGCCGGUACUUUCGCCGGCUCCAUCUACCCCUUCCACCACCAGCACCACCGCUCCAUGGGGGAGUACGCACAGGCGCUGCUGAGGCACGACCCUCUCGGCAAGCCUCUGCUGUGGACUCCCUUCAUCCAGCGGCCCUUACAUAAAAGAAAGGGCGGUCAGGUCCGGUUCUCUAAUGACCAGACGAUCGAGCUGGAGAAGAAGUUUGAGACGCAGAAAUACCUCUCCCCUCCGGAGAGGAAACGACUGGCCAAGAUGCUGCAGCUCAGCGAGAGACAGGUUAAAACCUGGUUCCAAAAUCGACGAGCGAAAUGGCGAAGACUAAAACAGGAACAUCCGCAGGGAGGUAAGAGGGAGGUGGAGGAUGACAGUUCCGCCGGGAGGAGUCAAAAAGGAGACGAGACGACCGAGUCUUCCGGGAUCCAGAGCCCGGAGCACAGACAGACAAUCCUGGCCUCCGAGCUGGAGCAGCCGGACCGCUGCGUGCGCUCCGUGUCCCCGCAUCAGCCCCACACAGAGCCGGACUCCGACGUGUCAGACGACACAGACCAGGAGCUGGACAUAGAGGACGACGCCGAGUUCCCACUGAACCCCUAGUCUGAACCACAGGCUCCACACAGACACUGGAUCCACUCGGACAUUCGGAGCUGGAUGAUGAAGAUCACUGGACACUUCAGCCUGUUCGUUCACCUUCACUGUGGUCGUUUGACGCCAGCAUGACAGACAGGAUGAUAGACUAGUCUCUGAUGUAAUAUUUAGGUAAAAAAUCCAUCCCAGAAAUCUAGCAUUUCACCAUCAUCCAGUGCCUUUCACACAGGACUGUCAUCUCCAUUUACUCUUUUCUUUUUGUAUAUAAUGCGUUCUACUGUGUUUUCCUGUGCGUGCGGAUCACUGUAGAUGAACAGCAGGCCUAUAGAUUCGUUGCUCCUGUACUGUUUGUCGUUUUGGAUGAUACACGCUCUUCAGGCCGCUGCCUUAAAAUGUGAUAUUCCAUUAAAUAAUCAAUGCAGGCCACACUGUGUUUUGUUGGGUGACAUCUAAUAAACUAUUUUUGUGGUAAGAAAUCACUUUCUGA